AUGUUGAUUAAUGGCACAGAUCCAAGAAGCAAGGCUGAAGACUUCAUGGUCCCGCCGAAGUGGGUAGCUUUUCAAACAAAAGUGGUUUACAAGAUCCAUGAAACUAAUUCCGUUCUGCGAAUUGUUAAUCCCAACGUUUCAGGUGUCUCGGAUGCAUACCGAGUUGGAAUGAUGACCAGGGAUUCAGACGCUGUUAUUGUAAGACACUGCUUGAAGCUGCUAAAUGAGAUACAUCCCACUCCAGUGAUGCCUCUGGGAUUAGUGCCACCCCAUUCCCGAAUUGACAACAAAAUUGAUGAUGAGAUGAAUGAUGAAGCUUGGUUUCCAAUCAAAGAAUGGCUCAAUGGUCAAAACAGAGCCUCUGUACUUUAUGUAGCAUUAGGGAGCGAGGUGCCACCCAGUCAAACAGAUAUCAGCGAGCUGGCUCUUGAGCUAUCAGGGGUGCCUUUCUUUUGGGUUCUGAGGAAGCCACCCGGCUUCAGUGAAUCUGAAUCAGUUCAGUUGCCUGAUAAGUUCAAAGAGAGAGUUCAGGACAAGCAGUUGGGGAUAGAAGUGGCAAGAAGUGGACAGGAUGGGUCAUACUCGAGAAACUCAGUGGCCCAGACAAUUAGAUCGAUCAUGGUUAAAGAAGAGGGAAAGAUAAUCAGAGACAAGGCAAAAGAAAUGAGCGGAGUAGCAGGAAACAAAGAACUACAUGAUGCUUACAUAAACAAAUUUCUUGAGCUUUUGGGGCUAAUUUCUUAG